GUUAUGGAAUCUGCAAAGGAUACAGUGUAAACAUUUACUACCCUCACCCCGUGGGUUAUAUAGAUUGUGUGUACCAGAAAACAUCAAUAGGCCGUUAUCAGCUUGUGUUUAACUGAUGACAAGAAGGGCAGCAUCUGAUCCUCUAUGAACCCUAAGGAUGGAGCUAAAGAUGGGGUCCCUGCCCCAAGUGUACCCUCAAACCUCCCACUGGGAUGGAAAAUGAUUGUGACACAGAGAAAAUCAGGCAAAACUGCUGGGAGAUAUGACUGGUGCUUUGUAAGCCCCCAGGGUAAACAAUUUAAAUCCAAAAGUUCUCUUGUAAAAUAUUUAAAUGAUAACAAGGAUAUUAGCAUUACAUUUGAAGAGUUUGGAUUUCCUUCUCUACCCUCAUCAUCUAAACAGCUAGUAACGGAAGAAAUAGAUGAAGAGAAUAUUGGAGGUCGUCCUACAAAUAAUGAUAAGCCAAUGGGAUACAAGUACCUCGCAGGAGAACAUUUAGUGAUAGCAGAAGAGAAGCAGAACACAGGAGAGGAAAUGUUGGUUGAAGCCUUAGAUGAUAAGAAAGAUGUUGACAGGAAACAAAAUAAAAGUUACAGGACUAGAAAGUUGUCAGAAAAAAAAUUAAAAGAAGGUGCAAAAAAUAAGCGGCAAAGAAAAGGUUCUUUGACACAGGUUGUACAAAUCAAGGCAAACACGAGACCUCGGAAAAAAAGCAGGGAAAUUAAAAAGGCAGGGAAAAAAAACAGAAAAGGAGAAACGAGUGAGGAAUUGUCAGAUUCAUAUGCCGCAACACAGCUGCAAAAAGAUAAAGCGGGAGAUGUAUCCAUUAGCCCCAGCACAUUUUUGGAAAAAGUUGACAAUCAGCCUGUCCUUCAAGAAAUACACGUCGAUGCUUUGAAAGAAGAAUCAAUAAUUCAUUCUCAUUUCCUUGACCAUAAUACCACAAAUAAUGUAGAUGCUGUUCUAAGAUCACAAGUUGAAAAACGGAAAACCAGUCCCUAUUUCUCUACCAAAGCAGUCAAAGAAGCAAUGGAACGUCCUAAAAGAAAAGCAUUUAGUAAGUGGACCCCUCCUCGCUCGCCUUAUAAUUUGGUUCAGGAGACAUUAUUUCACGACCCAUGGAAGCUACUUGUGUCAACUAUUUUUCUAAAUAAAACCUCUGGGUGUAUGGCAAUCCCUGUUCUCUGGGAGUUUCUUGGAAAAUACCCCAACCCUGAGGUCACUAGAGCCUCAGACUGGAAGGAGAUAUCUGAGCUUCUGCAGCCGCUAGGACUCCAUGAACUUCGGGCAAAAGCUAUUAUCAGAUUUUCAGAUGAGUAUCUCACAAAGAAAUGGAGGUAUCCUAUUGAACUUCAUGGGAUCGGAAAAUAUGGAAAUGAUUCUUACCGUAUAUUUUGUGUGAAUGAGUGGAAAGAGGUACACCCAAAAGAUCACAAGUUGAAUAAAUAUCACAGCUGGCUGUGGGAGAAUAAAGAAAAACUUGGCCUCACUUGAAAAUAUUUCUAUUUUUUAUGCCCUUACUACAGUGGCAUUGACUAUUUAUUAUGCAAGUGUGAUAUAUGAAAAAGCUCUGCUUUUAUCAGUUCUUUGUUUUUAUACAGUAACUGCAUUUAAAUGUUGUAAAAAAAAUGAAAGUAAAUAUUUUUUAUAUUUUUAUAAUAAACACUGGAUAAAAUGUU